AAAAAAUAUUGAAAGUGUAUUUUUAUUCUAGUAUUCGAAAAUUUUAGCUCCUCUCUACUAAGGAGUAUACGUAAUCAAAAGUUUUAUUUGUCAUUGAUCGUACAGAAACAGUUUUACUUUUUAUAUAAUUUUCUUUAAAAAGCUAUAACGCGUUUCGGGAAAAUCCGCAAAGAAACCAAAAUACAAAUAAAUUAAGUAAAUCACUUUUGAGUGAUUUAAUUCUAAAUUAUUUACGAAAUUGUUUAAUUGUGUGGUGGUGUGUUUUUUUUUCCACAAAAAAGGCAUUUUUUUUAUUAUUUCAUUAUCAAGGUCGGCUUAUAAACCCCAAUGCCUGGUGUUGUGGUUUAAAUGAAAAGUGAAAAAUUAAUGCACUAAAUUAACGCGAAAUGUGUGCACGCACUUUGAAAAUAUAACAAUUAACAAAAAACGCUCUGAAAAUUUUGGAUUAGUUAAAUAUUUAUUGACUAUUACCUAAGCGUGAAAAUAAAAAUCAAAAUCUUUCAAAAUGUUUCGCAGCACAGCUCUCUCACAAACACCCACAUAUAAGCUAAUAUUGGGCUUUGGAUUAUGUACCCUUGGCGGAGCAAUGUUAUAUGCCUACUUUAAGACUCGUGAUGACGAUGAAGAGCAACAGCAGCAAAAUGACAAACCAGCAGCAAAAGUUAAACAGGUUGGCUCACCACAAAAGCAAGUGAAACAGGCACCAAAAGAAGUUAAAAUUGAAUUGAAAAUAGGAAAUGAACAUGUUCCUUUGUUGGCGGGCAGACAGGGUGCUAAUCUGAAGUCUAUAGAAGAUAAAACGUUAACUAAAAUACAUUUUCGAGAUAAAGAUGAUUCAAAUAAAAUUUGUGAAAUAACCGGUUAUCCCGACAAUGUUAAAGAAGCACGUUCAUUGCUUCUAAAAGAAAUUGAACGAGCGCCCAUUGUUAAAGAAGAAAUAUAUGUGCCCCAGAGUGUGUGCGGCAAGAUAAUGGGUCGCUGUGGUGAGGCAAUGCAAGAAAUCUGUCGCAUUUCCUUGGCAAAAGUUUCCAUCGAUUCUGGAGUACGUAGUGCCAAUACCAGACGUAUCACUAUCACCGGCAAUCGCCAACAAGUUAAUAUUGCUCGUAAACUCAUAGAGGAUAAAAUCGAAGAAGAUGAGAUGCUCAGAAAAGCCGUCGAAGAGACGGAACAAAAACGUGAGCCGCGUCGCUCGCCUACAAACAGUGUUAACUCUAGUAUGUAUUCAUCGCAAACAUCACUUAGCUCACAUUUGCCACCACGUGAGAAACUUUUGGCUGCCAAGAACGAUGAAAAACCCAUGGAAGUUUAUGUUUCUGCCAUUGCAUCACCAGCUAAAUUUUGGGUUCAAUUGAUUGGUCCUCAAACUAAGAAACUAGAUGAUUUGGUGGCAAAUAUGACAGACUAUUAUAGUGUGGCGGAUAAUCGCGCCAUGCACCAGAUACACGAACCCUAUUUGGGUCAAAUAGUUGCAACUGUUUUUAAACAUGACAAUAAAUGGUAUAGAGCUGAAGUUGUGGGCAUUUUACCCAAUCAAUACAAUCCAAAAGAAGUUGUAUUGGAUUUAUACUUUGUCGACUAUGGUGAUAGUGAAUAUGUGCUACCUCAUGAAAUUUUUGAAUUACGUACCGAUUUUCUAACUUUAAGAUUCCAAGCGGUUGAAUGUUUUUUGGCUAAUGUUAAAUCUACAUUACAAAAUGAUGCUGACACUUGGGAUCAACAAUCGAUUGAAGCAUUUGAAGAAUAUACUCAAGUGGCCCGUUGGAAGAAAUUAAUUGCGCGUGUUGUUACCUACAAAGAUCGCGUCAAAGCUGCUACGGGUAAUGCUGCAGCCCGUGAAGGUUCUCCCAUACCGGGUGUGGAAAUUUAUGAAAUACAAGAAGGCGUUGAAGUUAAUUUGGGACAUAUGAUGAUAACUCAUGGUUAUGCUUCUCCCGCAAGUGAUGAUUAUCCCCGUGUUAGAUCCCCACAACCACCACAAAGUCGUAGUAAUUCGAACGAUGCUUUAACAUCUUCAACUUCAUCGACGACACAACCACUUAAACCUCAAUCACCAACACCUUUAUCCCCGGUGACGCCAACCUCUUGCAAGCUAGACAAGCAUACAGAAGCAGAAAAUGCACUAAUUGAAGAGCAAUUACAGCACUUGAACAAAAAUAAUAAUUUGUACUUAAACGGCAAUGGUCACGUUAACAAUGCUUCCAUACAAAUAACGCCGGUUGAAUUGAUUAACCAGCAUCCCUACAAAUAUCUCUAAAUGGCAAUCAUCAACGAUAAGUUUUAUUAUUUAUUUAUUUGUGCUUUUGUUUAGAUUGUAAAGUAUUUUUUGUACUUUUAAAUGUAAAUAGUCCUCUUAUUUAAUUUUUAUAUAUACUAUAUAAUUUAUAUUACAAUAUAUGUAUUUGUUUUUAAUUUUAUAGAUUCCUAUAAAUAUAGGUACAUACAUAAAUAUGUAAUAAUAUUUUAAUCUGUAGGUUUUUGCUUUUAAACCAUUUUCAAAACUCUUAAAUAAUAGUUCAUUUUAAGUUUAAAAUUUUUCUUAGUUAUUGACAACAAAAAAAAUGUAAAAUUUUAAUGAAAUAUUUUUUUAAUUUAAUAUGAAAAUGGUAUAAAUUGAUUUGAAGCAGUUUUAUGCCAUAUAUGUUUUUUAAUGUUUUUUUUUUAUAUAUAUAAAUUAUAUUUUACUUUUGGGGUUUAUAUAUACAUGAAUACAUAUAAUUAACAAAUUUAAUUUUAUAUUUGAUUGACUUACUGUACUACAUACACUAUAUUAGUUUUGUGAUGUUCUAUUAUUAUUAUUUUGUUUGUAAAUAAUUUAUUAAGUUGUUUUUUUUUUUAAAAAAAUUGCCAUUUAUGUAUGUUCUUAUUAUUGAUAUAUACUUACAUAUAUAAACAUUAAAGAUGCUUUCAAACGAUAUUACUACUCUGCAGUAUCGUAUGAAAACAACUUAUUGUAAUACACAAAAAAUAUCGAUACUCACAAUGCAUAUCGGUUACAAUAACAUGAAAUACAAAAUAUGAAAACAUUUCAGUUUUAUCAUGUAUAUACAAGCAGAAAGUCAAUUAUUGCUUUCUAAAAAAAUAAAGUUUUUAAAACUAAAGAAA